GUGUCUGCAAAAAAGAUUUUAUAUCUUGCAUAUGCAAUAAUUGCUUUCAUGAUCAAUUUUCUAACUUAUUCAGUAAAAUUGAAGUGUUCCUAAAGAGUGGCUCUGGAUUCAAUAUUAAAAUGGGUCAAAAUACAACUUUGCAGUAUGCAGAACAAAUGCAUUUUAUAUAUUUGUUUAUAAAAAAAAUAUACAAAAAUAAUUUUGAAAAUAAUUACGAUGUGAUGAGUGGAAUUCUUCAAUUGUUAAUCAGAGACGCGAGGAGAAGCUCUGAUGUCAAUAAUUAUGAACUAGUUAUUCAAACAGAUGUUAUAAUGAUGUACGUCGGAACCAAAAAAAUAGAAUUAUUUUCUAUGUUUUAUAAACUAGAUGCAAUUUGUGAUUUAUCAAAAUAUCCAGCUUUUCAUAACGUACUUUCUGACAAUGAAUAUUUAAGAAACUUUAUGAAAAGAGUUGAAUAUCUACAUGUCGUCCAUGGUUACUGCCAGAAGGACGCAUUUGAUGAAGCUUGUCAGCAAGUUGCAAGGUUUGAACAUAUUAUACGAUGGAUUUUGGAACAAAACAGCACAAAAUUUCAAGAACUGGAUGAAGUAUUUGCAAAACUUGGUUUUAAAAAUAUUUGUAUAGAUAAAGAAUUGGAAGAUCUGUCAUCAAACAUUAAUACAUUUGGAAUUCAUUUUGUCAAUAAAAUUUGGUCAAUAUUAAUUCGAGUGGGCCCUCAAAAAUUAUCGGAAGUUAUAAAAUAUUUGAUGACAUUAUUAAAACAGAUUUCAAAAGUGUAUAAACUGCUAAAAAACCUGGAAACGUCAUACGAUGGACUGAUGGAUGGCAUCAAGAACAGAAACUAUAAAAUUGUAGAAUAUGUUUUGAAUUGUGUAGAACCCGAUUUUGUUAAAUCAGUAAUUCAUGGAGAAAAUAUGAAUUGCGGUUCACCUUUGCAUUAUGCAGCUUCUAUAGGAGAUGCAAAUCUUUGUGAACUUCUUCUACGAUUUGGAGCAAACGUCAACUUAAACUCAAAUAUAGAUAACUUGGUUUUAAAAGAUCAUGUAGAAACUAAAGGCGCAAACAUUGAUAUCGUGAGUAGUGAAAGCAUUACAACAAAUAUAAGUCCAAAAAUAAAUCCAGAUAUCAUGAACCUAAAAGAUAGUGCAUCAUCAUUUGCAAGUUCGGAUGUCGAAGCUGCAUAUGUAAACAUUGAUAACACGAGUAGUGAAAUAAUAACAGAUUUGCUUAAAACUCAAAACAGCCCAGAAGAUGUUGCUCUUAUGAAGAACUGCAUUAAUGUUAAGAAAAAAAUGACACCUUUGCAUUGCGCAGUUUCCAAUGGCCACAAAGAAGUUGUCCAAAUUUUGCUGAAAAAAUUUGCAAAUGUUAAAUCUACUAAUGCAAUGAACGAGACCCCAUUGCAUAUUGCUGCACUAAAAGGAUAUGAAAAGAUUGUGGAAAUUUUGUUAAAAGCCGGAGCUCCUAUCAAAGUUUGGGAUGACAACAAUAUGACUCCAUUGCACUGUGCUGCUUCUAAUGGACAUGAAAAUGUUGUUCGGUUACUAUUGGAGAAUUUGACCUCAGCUGCUGAUAAUUCUUCCGCGGAGAGUCCAACACCACAUGUUGGUUCUGGACAAAAACCAAAAAAUUGGUUUACUGAUCGUAAACAUUUGACGCCUCUGUAUUAUGCUGCGAAAAACAGUCAUAGAAAUGUGGUUAAGAUCCUUAUAAAUGAAUAUUCCAAAAAGGAUUGCGUUAAAGUAAAAAAAUCACCAGCCCUUAAUCUUAUGCUAAAAAGAGAUAUUUCGAUUGUUGUAUGCGGUGAAAACAUUGCUACACUAUUUAUGGCGAUUAUAAAUAAUGAAAAGGAAGCAGUUCAAAUUUUGAUAGAUAACGGAAUCGCCGUUAAUAUCACCAAUGAGCAAAACUGGACGCCUUUGCAUGUAGCAUCUACCGUUGGCCACAGCGAACUGCUUCAACUUUUGAUAGACAAAGCUGCAGAAGUUAAUGUGGCAACUGAUUUAAAAAUUACACCUUUACAUUUGGCUGCUCAUUAUGGUUAUAAAAAAAUAAUCGAGAUUUUAUUAUUAAAUGGUGCGGAAGUUAAUAGUGUUGCGAGUAAUGAUUUGACACCAUUGGUCAUGGCAUUUUGUGGAAACCAUUUAAAACUGUUGAUAUCUUAUUAGCUCAUGGUGCUGACGUCCAUUACAGGAUCUCCCACGCAAACUUGUAUUAGAUAAUGAAAAGUCUAAUUCCUCGGUAAAGAAUGUUUGGAAACCGCUUCCUAUAACACCAUUUCCAAAUACUGAAACUUAUAGUUUAUUGCACUAUAUGGCUUUUAAAAACCGGUAUGAAAUGGUGGAAAAACUAUUAAACCAUGGAGCUAAUAUCAACGACUUGUCGCCCAAAGAAUGUCUAACUCCACUACACAUCUCUUCACUUUUUAAUAAUGAUAAUAUUACGAAAUUGCUUUUACAAAAAGGUGCUAAGUAUAAUAUAAAAAAUGCGAGAGGUAAAACACCACUCGAUCUUGCAAGGGCUGAAUCUGGAAGUGGAAAAUGGCUCAAAUCUAUUAACCAGUUGUUCCAAGCUGUGCGAUGUGGUGAUGUUACCAAAAUUGAACCUUUACUGGAAAAUUGGAGCGAGAAUUCAUUGGGAAUAAUUUUGAAUGCUAGGAACUCUGAAGAUAAAACUAUUGU